AUGCUCACGCGCCGCGUCGGUGUGCAUAUCACCACAGGUGGAGCAGCCUUCCACCCGGCUGACUCCAUCACCCGCCAUGGCGAGCAGCGAGGCAGCGCGGGAUGCGGGGAGGCAAGGAGGCAGCGGCGCGGCGAGGUGCGAGGAGGUGGCGGCGGGGCUCGUGAUCGCGCACCCCGACGACGAGUCCAUGUGCGCCCCGCCUCCCCGCCUCUCCGCCUCCCCGCCUCCCCGCCGCCCCGCCUCCCCGCCGCCCCGCCUCUCCGCCUCCCCGCCUCUCCGCCUCCCCGCCGCCCCGCCGCCCCGCCUCUCCGCCUCCCCGCCUCCCCGCCGCCCCGCCUCCCCGCCGCCCCGCCGCCCCGCCUCCCCGCCUCCCCGCCUCCCCACCUCCCCGCCUUCCCGCCUCCCCGCCUCUCCGGCUCCUCGCCUCCCAGUCCUCGCACGCCUCUCUUGCACCCCGCCUCGCCUCGCCUAACCUCGCCUCGUCUCCGCCCUCCUCGCCCGCCGCGAUCACCCGCCGCUCCUGCCGCCAUAGCCGCGCGCUGCUACCCUGCCUCUCUCCCCGCCAUCCGCCCUCCCUAUUCUCACCUCCGCAUUUCACUUCCGUCCAUAUCUCCCUUCUCCGCUGCCCUCCUCUCUUUCGCUCUCUCCUGCGCUCCCCCCUUCCCUCCGCCACCCCCCCGCACGCGCAGGUUCUUCGUGCCCACGCUGCGCGCGCUGGUCGCGCAGCCCUCCGCGGUGCAGCAGCUCGUGUCGUCCACGGCGCUGCCACAAGCAGACUCGACGCAGCACGGCGCGCGCUGCGCCCUGCACAUCCUCUGCCUCUCCUCAGGUGCCCUCCUCUGCCUCUCCUCAGGUGCCAUCCUCUGCCUCUCCUCAGGUGCCAUCCUCUGCCUCUCCUCAGGUGCCAUCCUCUGCCUCUCCUCAGGUGCCAUCCUCUGCCUCUCCUCAGGUGCCCUCCUCUGCCUCUCCUCAGGUGCCAUCCUCUGCCUCUCCUCAGGUGCCCUCCUCUGCCUCUCCGCAGGUGCCAUCCUCUGCCUCUCCUCAGGUGCCCUCCUCUGCCUCUCCUCAGGUGCCAUCCUCUGCCUCUCCUCAGGUGCCAUCCUCUGCCUCUCCUCAGGUGCCAUCCUCUGCCUCUCCUCAGGUGCCAUCCUCUGCCUCUCCUCAGGUGCCAUCCUCUGCCUCUCCUCAGGUGCCCUCCUCUGCCUCUCCUCAGGUGCCCUCCUCUGCCUCUCCUCAGGUGCCAUCCUCUGCCUCUCCUCAGGUGCCAUCCUCUGCCUCUCCUCAGGUGCCAUCCUCUGCCUCUCCUCAGGUGCCCUCCUCUGCCUCUCCUCAGGUGCCCUCCUCUGCCUCUCCUCAGGUGCCAUCCUCUGCCUCUCCUCAGGUGCCCUCCUCUGCCUCUCCUCAGGUGCCAUCCUCUGCCUCUCCUCAGGUGCCAUCCUCUGCCUCUCCUCAGGUGCCAUCCUCUGCCUCUCCUCAGGUGCCCUCCUCUGCCUCUCCUCAGGUGCCCUCCUCUGCCUCUCCUCAGGUGCCCUCCUCUGCCUCUCCUCAGGUGCCAUCCUCUGCCUCUCCUCAGGUGCCAUCCUCUGCCUCUCCUCAGGUGCCCUCCUCUGCCUCUCCUCAGGUGCCCUCCUCUGCCUCUCUUCAGGUGCCAUCCUCUGCCUCUCCUCAGGUGCCCUCCUCUGCCUCUCCUCAGGUGCCAUCCUCUGCCUCUCCUCAGGUGCCAUCCUCUGCCUCUCCUCAGGUGCCCUCCUCUGCCUCUCCUCAGGUGCCAUCCUCUGCCUCUCCUCAGGUGCCAUCCUCUGCCUCUCCUCAGGUGCCAUCCUCUGCCUCUCCUCAGGUGCCAUCCUCUGCCUCUCCUCAGGUGCCAUCCUCUGCCUCUCCUCAGGUGCCAUCCUCUGCCUCUCCUCAGGUGCCCUCCUCUGCCUCUCCUCAGGUGCCAUCCUCUGCCUCUCCUCAGGUGCCCUCCUCUGCCUCUCCGCAGGUGCCAUCCUCUGCCUCUCCUCAGGUGCCCUCCUCUGCCUCUCCUCAGGUGCCAUCCUCUGCCUCUCCUCAGGUGCCAUCCUCUGCCUCUCCUCAGGUGCCAUCCUCUGCCUCUCCUCAGGUGCCAUCCUCUGCCUCUCCUCAGGUGCCAUCCUCUGCCUCUCCUCAGGUGCCCUCCUCUGCCUCUCCUCAGGUGCCCUCCUCUGCCUCUCCUCAGGUGCCAUCCUCUGCCUCUCCUCAGGUGCCAUCCUCUGCCUCUCCUCAGGUGCCAUCCUCUGCCUCUCCUCAGGUGCCCUCCUCUGCCUCUCCUCAGGUGCCCUCCUCUGCCUCUCCUCAGGUGCCAUCCUCUGCCUCUCCUCAGGUGCCCUCCUCUGCCUCUCCUCAGGUGCCCUCCUCUGCCUCUCCUCAGGUGCCAUCCUCUGCCUCUCCUCAGGUGCCCUCCUCUGCCUCUCCUCAGGUGCCAUCCUCUGCCUCUCCUCAGGUGCCCUCCUCUGCCUCUCCUCAGGUGCCCUCCUCUGCCUCUCCUCAGGUGCCCUCCUCUGCCUCUCCUCAGGUGCCCUCCUCUGCCUCUCCUCAGGUGCCCUCCUCUGCCUCUCCUCAGGUGCCAUCCUCUGCCUCUCCUCAGGUGCCCUCCUCUGCCUCUCUUCAGGUGCCAUCCUCUGCCUCUCCUCAGGUGCCCUCCUCUGCCUCUCCUCAGGUGCCAUCCUCUGCCUCUCCUCAGGUGCCAUCCUCUGCCUCUCCUCAGGUGCCCUCCUCUGCCUCUCCUCAGGUGCCAUCCUCUGCCUCUCCUCAGGUGCCAUCCUCUGCCUCUCCUCAGGUGCCAUCCUCUGCCUCUCCUCAGGUGCCAUCCUCUGCCUCUCCUCAGGUGCCAUCCUCUGCCUCUCCUCAGGUGCCAUCCUCUGCCUCUCCUCAGGUGCCCUCCUCUGCCUCUCCUCAGGUGCCAUCCUCUGCCUCUCCUCAGGUGCCCUCCUCUGCCUCUCCGCAGGUGCCAUCCUCUGCCUCUCCUCAGGUGCCCUCCUCUGCCUCUCCUCAGGUGCCAUCCUCUGCCUCUCCUCAGGUGCCAUCCUCUGCCUCUCCUCAGGUGCCAUCCUCUGCCUCUCCUCAGGUGCCAUCCUCUGCCUCUCCUCAGGUGCCAUCCUCUGCCUCUCCUCAGGUGCCCUCCUCUGCCUCUCCUCAGGUGCCCUCCUCUGCCUCUCCUCAGGUGCCAUCCUCUGCCUCUCCUCAGGUGCCAUCCUCUGCCUCUCCUCAGGUGCCAUCCUCUGCCUCUCCUCAGGUGCCCUCCUCUGCCUCUCCUCAGGUGCCCUCCUCUGCCUCUCCUCAGGUGCCAUCCUCUGCCUCUCCUCAGGUGCCCUCCUCUGCCUCUCCUCAGGUGCCCUCCUCUGCCUCUCCUCAGGUGCCAUCCUCUGCCUCUCCUCAGGUGCCCUCCUCUGCCUCUCCUCAGGUGCCAUACUCUGCCUCUCCUCAGGUGCCCUCCUCUGCCUCUCCUCAGGUGCCCUCCUCUGCCUCUCCUCAGGUGCCGUCCUCUGCCUCUCCUCAGGUGCCCUCCUCUGCCUCUCCUCAGGUGCCCUCCUCUGCCUCUCCUCAGGUGCCCUCCUCUGCCUCUCCUCAGGUGCCAUCCUCUGCCUCUCCUCAGGUGCCCUCCUCUGCCUCUCCUCAGGUGCCAUCCUCUGCCUCUCCUCAGGUGCCCUCCUCUGCCUCUCCUCAGGUGCCCUCCUCUGCCUCUCCUCAGGUGCCAUCCUCUGCCUCUCCUCAGGUGCCCUCCUCUGCCUCUCCUCAGGUGCCCUCCUCUGCCUCUCCUCAGGUGCCAUCCUCUGCCUCUCCUCAGGUGCCCUCCUCUGCCUCUCCUCAGGUGCCAUCCUCUGCCUCUCCUCAGGUGCCCUCCUCUGCCUCUCCUCAGGUGCCCUCCUCUGCCUCUCCUCAGGUGCCCUCCUCUGCCUCUCCUCAGGUGCCCUCCUCUGCCUCUCCUCAGGUGCCCUCCUCUGCCUCUCCUCAGGUGCCAUCCUCUGCCUCUCCUCAGGUGCCAUCCUCUGCCUCUCCUCAGGUGCCCUCCUCUGCCUCUCCUCAGGUGCCAUCCUCUGCCUCUCCUCAGGUGCCCUCCUCUGCCUCUCCUCAGGUGCCCUCCUCUGCCUCUCCUCAGGUGCCCUCCUCUGCCUCUCCUCAGGUGCCAUCCUCUGCCUCUCCUCAGGUGCCAUCCUCUGCCUCUCCUCAGGUGCCCUCCUCUGCCUCUCCUCAGGUGCCAUCCUCUGCCUCUCCUCAGGUGCCCUCCUCUGCCUCUCCUCAGGUGCCAUCCUCUGCCUCUCCUCAGGUGCCAUCCUCUGCCUCUCCUCAGGUGCCCUCCUCUGCCUCUCCUCAGGUGCCCUCCUCUGCCUCUCCUCAGGUGCCAUCCUCUGCCUCUCCUCAGGUGCCCUCCUCUGCCUCUCCUCAGGUGCCAUCCUCUGCCUCUCCUCAGGUGCCCUCCUCUGCCUCUCCUCAGGUGCCAUCCUCUGCCUCUCCUCAGGUGCCAUCCUCUGCCUCUCCUCAGGUGCCCUCCUCUGCCUCUCCUCAGGUGCCAUCCUCUGCCUCUCCUCAGGUGCCAUCCUCUGCCUCUCCUCAGGUGCCAUCCUCUGCCCGCCGUGCUUUUCCUCUCUGCCAUUGGCUCUCCUCUCUGCCGUUGACUCUCCUCUCUGCCGCAACGCGGAGGGGCUGGGCAGCACGCGCAGGGCGGAGCUGAAGGCAGCAGCGGCAAGCCUCGGGGUAGAGACAGUCACUCCCCUCACCGCACCCUCCUCACCUCAAAGCAUCCCCCCUUCCCCCCCUCCCCCCUCCCUUUGCCUCGCCCUCUCUCCCCCCUCUCUGUGGCGCGCAGAUAGCCCAGCAGUGCGUGGAGGUGGUGGACCAUCCGCAGCUGCAGGUGAUCUGUGCUCUCAGGUGAUCUGUGAUCUGUGCACUCAGGUGAUCUGUGAUCUGUGCUCUCAGGUGAUCUGUGAUCUGUGCACUCAGGUGAUCUGUGAUCUGUGCUAUCAGGUGAUCUGUGAUCUGUGCUAUCAGGUGAUCUGUGAUCUGUGCUCUCAGGUGAUCUGUGCUCUCAGGUUGAUCUGUGAUCUGUGCUCUCAGGUGAUCUGUGAUCUGUGCUCUCAGGUGAUCUGUGAUCUGUGCUCUCAGGUGAUCUGUGAUCUGUGCUAUCAGGUGAUCUGUGAUCUGUGCUCUCAGGUGAUCUGUGAUCUGUGCUAUCAGGUGAUCUGUGCUCUCAGGUGCGCCACGCGUGGAGGUAUCAGGCUGCGCCUGCUGUGGCAUUCAGGCUGCGCCUGCUGUGGCAUUCAGGCUGCGCCUGCUGUGGCAUUCAGGCUGCGCCUGCUGUGGCAUUCAGGCUGCGCCUGCUGUGGCAUUCAGGCUGCGCCUGCUGUGGCAUUCAGGCUGCGCCUGCUGUGGCAUUCAGGCUGCGCCUGCUGUGGCAUUCAGGCUGCGCCUGCUGUGGCAUUCAGGCUGCGCCUGCUGCUUCCCAAGCCUCGCCACCCCCCAAGGCCCGUCGGAGGCGCUUUUGGUUUGGACGGUCCAGCUGCCGAUCUGAAUGCCUUGCUGGAGAAGCGCUUGGCUGUCCCCCUGCCAGCUGUCCCUCUGCCAGCUGUCCCCCUGCCACCUGUCCCCCUGCCAGCUGUCCCCCUGCCACCUGUUCGCAUGUGCCAACCUCGUCGCCUCACCUGCUUCCCGACCUCCGUCCUCCCUGUGCCCCUCGCCCCAACGCCCCUGCUCACCGGCCUCACCAGCGCCAUGGUUGACAACGGGUCGCUGCCAGUCCCCCUGUGGCAGCUGGUGAGUGGGGCAGCUGGUGAGUAG